AUGGCUGAUUCCUCUGCUCCUCCUCCUCCCGGCUCCCGUGCCAUCAAGAUACCUUUGCAUCCUGGUAACUCUGGAGAUUACUCUCCGUCGAAUCGACGGCGACGAAGUGAACGUUACCUCCAAAAUGCGGAACGAGCCGAUGCUUCAGAUGCUGGACCAUCCUCGUUAGGCUCCGGAUCUGACCAAGAUACGCCUUGGUCCUACAGUCCUAUUCCCACACGUCCUCAACAUCUGCUCCAAAACAUUGCUCCCUCACCGGGCGAGGGGGUCCGUCUGCCUAGUCCGAUGCAUUCCAAAGACCAGCCCAGCACAUCACAGCGGAAAGACAAGCACAAGGCUGGCCUACCACCGCCCAGCAGCAUGCCAAUGCUCUUUAACGCUUCCUCCUCUCCACUCGGUCCUUCGAUGCUCUCUUCCUCCUCGUACAAGUCCAUUAAUCUGAAUGCACAUCACGACGAUCCCGACGAGCCUCCUCGACUGAUCACCUACACAAAAUAUAGCCAAGGGUUUACAUGGAAUGAUGAGUUGUUCUUGCCGAGCUAUAUGCUUGGACGCUAUGGGGAGCGGGGUCGAAAGAAACUCUACGACGGCGACUUUGGAGACGACGAACACUGCCCAGUGGCUGAGAUCUUUGUAACGGACGAGGAGGCGGAGGCAAUGAUCCCUUGA